ACCGUGUCCAUAAAACUCUUCAAAAUGACACGCACGCACACGUCUCCACAUGGCGGCUGGUGGCAGCCCCCGGAUCUGUGCAGAGUCGCGGCACGAAAAUCAGUUUUUUAAUUAUUAUUAACUUUUUAAUUUAUCACAAGAAAAUAUUUUUUUUUUAAAAAGUAAGGAAACCGUUGCCUCCGUUCCUUGAAACGAUUGAUCAAUAAAGUCAAUUCAGAGGGAGAGAGAGGGGGUUAAAUUGGUGGAAUAUGAUGGUCUCUUCACAAGAAUGAGAAUAUUUCUGGUUUGUGCAUUGGGUUCCAAAAUUUUAUCGACGUAUUUGGCUGUUGUAACCGAAAUUUUAUCCUUCAAGAACCGAGAAGGUCUGUUUUAGAACAUUUUGAAUUUUGGGGUUUUAUUGGUUCUUACCAGGUGUUUCAGAUUGCUGGAUAACGAAUUUUCUUUUUGCUGAUUCCAAAGUACCCCAUUGUUCAUACUUGUCAGAAAAGGUUGAGAUUGGGGAUUUUAAUUUGAGAUUGGGUUGAAGGAAAUUGAAAUCGAAGGGGCCAAUUUCUUCAUUCUUGGGUUGCUUUGCUAUUGAUCCCCUUGAGCAUUAGUGUUCUUAAAGAUGUCUAUCACAGAAGUCUCAAUUCUACACCACAUGGCCAUUGUUCUGGCUUUGCUUUGGGUGCUUUCAUAUUAUAAUUACUGCCAUCCUGUGGUGUACAUCGUAUCGUUCAUUUAUAUGUACCUGGUCAAUGAACGCUACACAAUAAGGCUUCACAAAAGAUUAAAGUUUGAGGAAAAGAAGCAAGCAAACCGGAAAAGGCUUCUUUCUGAUUCAGAAACUGUUAGGUGGCUGAAUCAUGCGGUCGAGAAGAUCUGGCCCUUGUGCAUGGAACAGAUUGCUUCGCAAAAAUUUCUCCUUCCCAUUAUACCCUGGUUUUUGGAGAAGUACAAACCAUGGACUGCAAAGAAGGCCGUUAUUCAGCAUUUGUACCUAGGUAGGAACCCACCCAUGUUCACUGAGAUCCGGGUUGUCAAUCAGUCAGCUGAUGAUGACCACUUGAUUAUGGAGUUGGGGAUGAAUUUCCUUUCUGGGAAUGAUAUGGACGCAAUACUUGGAGUGAAGCUGAGGAAAAGAUUCGGCUUUGGCAUGUGGGCUAGGAUGCACGUGACUGGCAUGCAUGUUGAAGGAAGGGUAGUGGUAGGGGUGAAGUUUCUUCGUUGCUGGCCUUUUAUCCAGCGUUUGAGGAUAUGCUUUGUGGAACCACCAUAUUUUCAGAUGACAGUCAAACCUAUCUUCAGCCAUGGCCUUGAUGUUACUGAACUUCCUGGGAUUGCAGGGUGGCUGGAUAAACUUUUGGCUGUGGCAUUUGGUCAGACACUGGUUCAGCCCAAUAUGCUUGUUGUUGAUGUUGAAAAACUUGUCCAGUCAACAGAUCCUUCUUUCAACCCAUCAGGAAAUUGGUUUGAUAUUGAUGAGAAACAACCUAUUGCCUUUGCCAAGGUGGAAAUCAUUGAAGCAGCAGAAAUGAAACCCUCUGAUCCAAAUGGGCUGGCAGAUCCUUAUGUGCGUGGUCAUAUGGGUCCUUACAGAUUCAAGACAAAAGUCCAAAAGAAAACACUGGCUCCCAAGUGGCAAGAGGAUUUCAAAAUUCCCAUCUGUACAUGGGAGUCACCAAAUAUGCUCAUCCUUGAAGUCCUCGACAAGGACCAUUUUUAUGAUGACACUCUUGGGGACUGUUCCCUGAAUAUCAGUGACCUGAGGGGUGGGCAGCGUCAUGACAAGUGGUUACCUCUAAAGAACAUCAAAAAGGGGAGGCUGCAUAUUGCAGUCACCAUUCUUGAUGCUGAGCCUGAUGGAAAGGAGAAUCCUGAUGAUGAUGAACCAUCAAAACCCAAAGCAGCAGCCCAUAAUGACAUACCAGUGACUGAAGUUACUGACCGUGAAGUUAACCACACAAAAUCUCAAGACAAGUCUCCCUCUAACUGGGCGGACGAAUUCGAACCCCUCAAAAUUGAUGGCCAAGAUCACCCUGCCCUCUGUGUAUAUCGACCUGGGAGUGACACCUCCCAAACUUGGGAGCCUAGAAAGGGGAAAGCCAUGCACCCUGAAACCCUAAUCCACAGAGAGGAUCCAAGCAACAUGGAUAGCCCCCGUUUUACAGGGAAUGGAUCCCAGGACAAUGAAACUGGCAGCGAAGAUGACAAUGCCACAACUGACAUAAGCCAUAAACAUGGUGCAAUCGCGAGGAAACUACGAAAGAUCCAAAGUAUUUUUUGUAGGAGCCCAAAGAGCCAUGAUGAGCCACCCAAGAUCAAGGAAGAAAGAAAACCGCUUCGGCCUAUUGAGCCUAAACUAGUUAGUAAUAGAGCGGUCGGUGUGAUGUUAGUGUUAAAUGAUGUGCCUGAGGAGGUACAACACGAACUAGAGGAGCUAGAGGUUCUUAAAAGGGACGAAGAGGGGCUAAGUCCCCAAAAGGCGGAGAUGGAUAGCAGCCCUAGGGGUGUUAAGGAAAAGGCAAAGAGCAUAUUGAGGCAGGCUGGUAAAUCGGCUCAUGGCUUGACCCAUGUCCUUAGCAAGAGGGGCUUCGACCGACCCAACAAGCUUGAAACAUCAUCUCAAAGAGAGGAAUCCAAGGGCUCAACCUCACCUCAAAUGGAACAAUCUAAAGACAAAGACUCCGCCUCAAAGGAAUACUCGAAAGGCAUGUACAAACAACCUAAUAAGCUGAACCCACCUCAAAGAGAGCUUUCCAAAGGCUUUGACAAGCCGGACCUGGAUCAAAAGGAAAGUCACACAGGUUUAGAUCGGCUUCAAAGGGGACAUUCUUUAGGCUCAGAUCCCCCUCAAAGUGAGCACAUCAAAGUUUCCGAUGGAACCAAGCUGGAGCCACCUCAAAGAAAACAUUUGGAAGAGCUCGACCAUCUCGACAUGCCUCAAGUUGGAUGUAGCGAGGCCUCCAAUGGAUUUUGGGGGGACCUAUGUCUAGGAGAACAUCACCCACUUGCACUAGAGGAACAUAACCCUAUGGUAUCUACAACAGGUACUGAGCCCACUUCUGCUGUCGAUCAAACGGGGGAAUCUCGAAGGAUGGAUGGUUCAGAGAGUGAUGUUGUACGGUCUGGCGAUGGUGGGCAUGGGAAUGGGAUCCCAGGGGUUGAGGGUUACUUAAAUUCACAGGCGUUUAAAGAGGUUAUGAAUGAGAAAGGAGUGGCUUUGUAAGGAGUAUGGAAAGUUCAUUAGUAUGUGAAAUGGGUUUUAAACAAAAGAGAGAGAGGCUUCAGAAGAAGUGGGUUAUAUUUUCGGAACAUGGAAAUGUACUUGCACCAUUGCUGAUGGCUUGUUCUUGUAAAUAUUUUGGGGAAAAGCAAGUCAACAUGGAAGCUUAAGAAGUUGAGGAAGUAGUUGAGAAGUGUAGGAAAGUGAAAGGAAAAUGAAAGGAACCAAAAAAAAGAAUAGCAUGCAUUGUAAGGGCAUCUAAAAUCUUAUGGAUAAUGUUAUUUUGUGGACUCUUUUCAUCUUGUAUUAUGUAUAAAAUUAUUUGAAUUUUUCAUUGAUUUU